CCAGGGUGUCUCGCUUCCUCCGCCCCGCGCCGCCAGUGCCGCCGCGCGCCGCGCCGAGCCCAGCGCCGCGGCCGCCGCCGGAGCGCCACACCCCCCGCCGCAGCCGCGCUGCCGAUGGCGUCCUCUCCCGUGGCCGUGGGCUCUGAGGUGUCGCCGGAGCCGGGCGGCAGCGGGAGCCCGGCCGAGGAAGCAGAUGGAGAGCAGGAGCUGCUGCCGUGGCUGGGCGAGCGGCUGGUGCCCGGGAGCCGCCUGAAGGAAGUGGUGGGCGCGUCCCUGGCGUCGCUGUGCCUCGGGCCCCUCGCCGGACCUCAGCGCCUCGCCACCCUGGUGGACUGCCUGCUGCUGAACUACCGCCUGCGGCAGGGGCUCGGCUGGAGCCGGGGCCGCGGGGCCGCGGCGGAGGGCGGGGGCGCGGCCGAGGGGCCGCUGCGCUGCUGCGGCUGCGGCAGGUUCCUGGGCGAGCCGGUCACCGUCCCGUGCGGGCACACCUACUGCCGCCGCUGUCUCCGGAGGGAGCUGCGGGCCCGCUGCCGCCGCUGCCGGGACUGGCUGCUGCCGGCGGGGGGCACCGGCAUGGCCCCUGCCCCGCUGCGGACCAGCGUCGUUCUUAGCCAGCUGGCGGAGAAGUGGUUCCCGGGCGAGUGCGAGAGGGCGAGGACCGGCAGCCGGCUAGAGGAGUUGCUGGCCCAGGGCCGCUUCCGAGAAGCUCUGGGCGCCGCCAGCCAGGCUCUGCGAGCAGAUUCUGGUGACUUAAUGCUAAGAAUUUACAGAGCUGAGUCAUAUGUUGGCCUCCAAGAAUAUAAAACAGCCAUAGAAGAUCUAAAUUUUGUUAUUUCUAAAAUGCCAAAUUGGCCAGAGGUCUACUUCUGGAAAGGGAAAGUGCUGCAGGACUCUGGCUUUUUAGGUGAUGCCUUACAACUGUUUCUACAGUGCUUAGCCCUUGAUGAGGACUUUCUUCCAGCCAAGCUAGAAGUAGAAAGGACAUUGUGUGAUGUGCUGUCGCCAGAGAAGUUGGGAGAAAGUCUAAAGGAGUCUGCUUGGAGUUCACCACAUAUUCGAAAUAAACCUUUUCUACUUGGUUCUGAGAGUUUAGGAGGAUCAGAGGUACUGGAGCCUGUCAGUGGAAGCUUAAAUCGUGCACAGUCUGCUCAUGCUCUUAACUCAACAAAAGACCUAGCCAAGGAAGGUGGCUUAAAGAGAGUGUCUUCUGAACCUCUUCUCUCUGGCCAAGAAAAAGGCGCUUUGUUGAAAAGAAAGCUUUCCUUUUCAGAACAGGAUACAGUUGUAUGUGAAGAUGGAAGAAACAAACACAAAAAACAAGGAGAAAGUACAAAAAGGGACAUGACACUGGCUUUUGGAACUGUUCCAGGGGAUUUGAUCGAUAUAUCAGAUUUUGAGUGCUCUCUAUGUAUGAGGCUAUUCUUUGAGCCGGUGACAACCCCUUGUGGACAUACUUUUUGCAAAGGUUGCUUGGAACGGUGUUUAGAUCAUGCUCCCCAGUGUCCACUCUGUAAGGAGAGUUUGAAAGAGUACCUUGCAAGCAGAAAAUACAGCAUAACAGAAUUGCUGGAGGAAUUAAUAAUGAAAUAUUUGUCUGAUGAAUUAUAUGAGAGAAAAAGAAUUCAUGCUGAAGAAACAGCUGAACACUCAAACUUGACCAAGAAUGUUCCAAUAUUUGUUUGCACUAUGGCAUAUCCUACUGUGCCUUGCCCUCUACAUGUGUUUGAGCCAAGAUACCGACUAAUGAUUCGCAGAAGUAUGGAAACUGGGACUAAACAGUUUGGGAUGUGUAUAAGUGAUUCUCAGAAUGGUUUUGCAGAUUAUGGAUGCAUGCUGCAAAUUAGGAAUGUUCAUUUUCUACCCGAUGGACGGUCCGUUGUUGAUACAGUUGGUGGAAAGAGAUUUCGAGUUUUACAGAGAGGGAUGAAAGAUGGUUAUUGCACUGCAGACAUUGAAUAUUUAGAAGAUGUUAAGGUUGCUGAUGAAGAAGAACUAAAGAAACUGAGAGAACUUCACAAUUUUGUUUACAAUCAGGCCUGCAGUUGGUUCCAAAACUUAAGAAACAAAUUUCGCACUCAAAUUCUUCAGCACUUUGGGCCAAUGCCUGACAGGGAAGAAAAUAUACAGGCAAUGCCCAAUGGUCCUGCUUGGUGUUGGUGGCUUCUAGCUGUUCUUCCAGUAGACCCCAGGUAUCAGCUGUCAGUUCUCUCCAUGAUGUCUUUAAAAGACCGUCUGAUAAAAAUCCAACAUAUACUCACAUAUUUUUCUAGAGACCAGUCCAAGUGACUAACCGCCUGGGUCUUCCUGAAAAGUUGCUCUGUUCUGGUUGUAGUAGCAGCUGGAAUUUUUGCUGCCUUUGCACAUCUAGCGCUGGUUUGAGAAGUGUAAUGAAACUGCUUUUUGUCUCUCCUGCCCACCCUCCUGAUGAACUACGUGGUUCUUUGAAUGCAAACUUUUUUCAACUAGGAGAGAAGACCACUGAUGAUUACACCAAGUCAAUCCAGCUAGAUAUGUUUUUCACGUUACCUACAUUACAAUUUGCACUAUGUAGAAGACAACGUUUUUGAGACUUGAUGAUUUUAGCCACUGACUUUUUAAAGCUGUGGGACGUACAGAACUUAAGGCUGACAGUCCAAGUUUACAACAUUGAGGAGGUAUUAAAAGUUUUGCAUCUAAGUUUGCCUCAUACAAUUCUUCUUUUGCUGUUUGCACAAUUAUUUGAAAUAUAGUAUUGAAUGUCACUGUUGGAUAUUACUACUCUUGUUGAAUUAUCUUGACCAUGAAUAUGGCACAGAUUUUUAACUUAUCUUGUAAAUGUAUGCAUCACAAAACAGGUGACAUUAUGAACUGUAUGCUGAACUGAGAGCCAAUUUUAAAGAAACAAAUGCAAAAAAAAAAGGUAUUUCUUGUCUAAAAGUACUUAAACUGUGAAUAUGGUUUACAUACCUAGGCCUGUAUAUGUUAAAGAGGAAACUGAAAACUAAAUGCUAGUACCAGUUCCAUUUCUACUGGGCUUUUCAGGCUGGCUGUUCUUCCAAAGCACACACUUAGUUUAUAGAGCUUAGAAGAAAAAAUCUUGGAGUGUGGGUGCGUGUGUGUGUAUUGGGGAUUGUGCGUCCAGGAUUUUAAAGCUUAAAGUUUUAUUUGAACUUCUUAAGUUGGUACCAAUGUGAGUUCUAUGCCUUAUUCAUAUCAAUAGUAGAGCACAUUGCAGUGGCAAGGUUAGCAUCGUGCUGCCAAUAGGUACUUUUUGUAAUUAAAGGUUUGCAUAUUUGUGAAUAUGUCUGAUACUGGCUUUCUUGUAUGUAAAUCAUUUGUAAAAUAUUUCUUAAAUCUUGCUUUUGCUAAUAUAUUUAAUUUUCAAUAAAAGCUAAAAGUUUGUAAUAUUUUUAACUAUCAGAAACUAAAUAUCACUUUCAUUUUUCAUAUGCUUCUAAUCUGAGUUCUUAAGUAAAUGCAGAAACAGCUCUUGAAGCUACAUUAAGGUUGUGGGCACUUAAUGAUGUAAGUGGUAUGUACAUAAUCUGUUUCUGAUUAUAGUGCUUGUCUUAGACUGAUUAUUGGUCAGACAAGUUUUUUUGCUAGUGUCCUGCUUUUGUAUCUACAUCAUUUAAAUUAAGGUGGUAUUGGGUAUGAAAUUUGCAUUUCACAAAACUUAAAAGUUGUGGGAAACUGUUCUUGUGGAAUACUUCCAUAUUUCACAGGCUUGCUAACCAGAUGCCGUGGCCUUGUUCCCGUCUGGAGGAUAAGGCUUGUGAUAUUACAGGCAACCUAAAAUCCAUUGGGUCACUUUUAAUGUGGGCUUCUAUCUUGGGUAAAUUUUUCCUUUAUCAUAUGAAUAAAGUGCUGGGUUAACACUUGGAAAGCUUUCUGUAUUUCUCCACUUCCAGUAUGUUACAACCUUAGAAACUUAAUCUUUGUAUUGCCAUGAUCUUCUUAAGAAUGCAGCUGACAAGAUUUUUUCUUUUUCUUGACAGCAAAAAGUCCCUGUAGCCCCACUUGAAAUACCCAAAUUAUCUAAUGUGGUUGGUUGGUUGGUUGGUUGUUUUUUUUUCUUGCAAAGAGCUUUGAUUUUUGAAAUUGACUAUUCCCUAGUCUGCUGGAAGAUGUCUUCUAGGUGUUUUUUUACAUUCCCCUGAGUUUUUAAUAAAAUAAAAUCAGAUAGUGUCAGUUGC